GCCGCAAGGCCCGCUGGGAGCAAGCGGACUGCGGAUUGGUUGGAGGAGCGGGAUCGUCUGUCUGUGUGAGCUGCGGCCGUGGGACUCGGUUGUGUGCUCGUCAUGCUGCUUUUCUGCCCCGGCUGCGGGAACGGGCUGAUCGUGGAGGAGGGACAGCGCUGUCACCGCUUCGCCUGCAACACUUGCCCCUACGUGCACAACAUCACCCGCAAGGUAACAAACCGGAAGUACCCAAAGCUGAAAGAAGUGGACGAUGUACUUGGAGGAUCAGCAGCCUGGGAGAACGUUGACUCUACUGCAGAACCGUGUCCCAAAUGCGAACACCCCCGCGCCUACUUCAUGCAGCUUCAGACCCGCUCUGCAGAUGAGCCGAUGACCACCUUCUACAAGUGCUGCAGUGCCCAGUGCGGACACCGCUGGAGGGAUUAGGCUGGCGCGGCUGCCUCAGUAUCUGCCGGGAGUGGGAACUGUGUCCUGGGGGUCUUUGUCGGACCCUUUUGGGGUGAGGGCCAGCGUGUCAGGAAAUGUAGGCAUCUGCCGGUUAGGGUGGGUGAGGUCACUCGUGUCCGGGGAGUUUUGUGUGUGGGGAGGAGACCUGAAAAGAAGUACAGUGUCGGGUCCUGUUCCUUCAUCUUCUGCAUUUACUGGGCGGUUGACAUUUCUUUGCCACUAUCCAACAGUCUGCACUGUUACACAAUGUAGCACACGAUUCCUAAAUAUUUAAUUUAUUUAAGCAAAAUUCUGAGUAUUUCA